AUGCCGGAAAAGCUUGCAGAGAUCCAGAGGCUGGCCAUGCUCACGGUCAGCUUCGAGAGGAAGAAAAGUCUUCCGAGCCCAGCCAGUGCUACCGCUGCCAGCGGUACGGGCACACACAGCGGAACUGCCGUCUCGCUGAACGGUGCGUUAAGUGUGGAGAGGACCACAACAGCACCAGCUGCAGUCUGCCAGCGCCGCCAACAGGGCAACGAAACGCCAAGUGUUGCCUCUGUUGGAGAAGGCCACCCCGCCAACUACAAGGGAUGUAGUAAGGCGCCGAAGAAAAGCUGCUUCUGCCCCAAAGCAGCCCCCACCACAAAUAGGACUUCUUACGCCCAAAAAGUGAAGAAGCCUAUGUCCACUUCUGCCCCAGCAGCCGCCACUGCUACUGGAACUACUGGCGCAGAAGCAACACGGCGAUGA